GCGCCUAUCACAUAUAUACUAUGCUUUUGCGGAUGCACCUUUUUAUCUUCUUCCACACUAAUCAUUUUCCCCCUUCAACUUUAUUUAUUUAUAUAUAUCUCGCUCUCUCUCUCUUCAUCCAUCCUUUCAUGUUCACAGACUACUAACAAAUUAUUUAUCCACCGGAAUUAUAUUGUUUCUGCGGCGAUCUAUGGUUGAGACCACCGGCGGCGGCGGCACCGGCACCGCUGCUUCCGCCUCUAGCGACGACAGUUCAAGAACCUGCCCGCGGGGCCACUGGCGUCCUGCCGAAGAUGAAAAACUCCGGCAACUUGUGGAGCAGUAUGGCCCUCAGAACUGGAAUUCUAUUGCUGAAAAACUUCAAGGAAGAUCUGGGAAGAGUUGUAGAUUAAGAUGGUUUAACCAACUUGAUCCAAGAAUCAAUCGGAGGCCAUUCUCGGAGGAGGAAGAAGAGAGGCUUGUGGCGGCCCACCGGAUUCACGGCAACAAAUGGGCGCUCAUUUCCCGGCUAUUCCCCGGCCGGACAGACAAUGCUGUCAAAAAUCACUGGCAUGUGUUGAUGGCGAGAAGGCAAAGGGAGCAAUCCAAACUUUCUGUUAAAAGGACGUACCAACAAGUGUUCAACAACGUCAACAUCAACGACACAAAUGUUUUCCGGCGAAGAUACAAAUCGCCGGAGCCUUACCCUUACCCCUCAAACAAAAUCAUCAGCUUUUUGGAAUUCCAAAAUAAUCCCGCGGAUAGUAGGCCUAAUACUUUCUCCUUAUCCAAGUAUACCCCUCAUCAGGCCCCUUACUCUUCUCCUCCCCUCAGACCAACCACCUCAUCAUCAUCAGACUACUCUCUACUGCGCCAUCACAAAAAUAAUACUAACAAAAAUUUAGGUUUUUCUUUAGUCGGAAGCCAUGGGAAUGGAAUUAGGUUAAACCCCCCUAACCUUAAGCCCGGGAAUAAUUUUCUGAAUUAUUCAUCAACGUUCAAUGAUGGCGGCAGAGGUGCCAAGAAUGACGAAUUCAGAUCAGAGAAGAGGGAAAGAAAUGAGCAGAAAGACAAAGAAGAUGAUGAAGGAGAAGACAAAAGGGGAAGGAGGGAGGAUGUUACCUUCAUAGAUUUUCUUGGUGUGGGGAGUUCUUCUUGAUCACUUUUAUAUAUAUGAUAGGUUAGUUUUACAUUAUUGAAUUGGCAUGUUUAUUAUCACCCACCAAAUCUCCAAGUUUAAGUUAAGCCAUGACUUAGUUGUUUUUCAUUCUUCCCUUCCAUCAACUUUGCAGGUCGUAGCAAGGUCUAAUCUAUAUAUAUAUAUAUCUUACUGCCCAUUAUAUUCUUGAUCCUGAUGAUGAAUUGUUUAAUUAGGAAUGAUUUUAAUGACAUAUAGAUUAUUGGAUAUGAUCAAUGAAGUUGGGGUUGAAUUUCUUAUAUUCAA